UAUAUGAUAAAUAAUUAAUAUAAUAAUGUGGGCGGACACAGUUUUAAUUUUAUUCAUUAGCAUUUGCACAGCUCUUUUGGGUGAAGGUAAAGAAGUAAAAUGGUUGACCUGGUUAAUGGUAUAUAGAACUGAAAAAUAUCAAAAAUUAAAAGCUGAGGUAGAAAAACAAAGUAAAAAAUUGGAAAAAAGAAAAGAGGCACAUGGUGAUUCGUUAGAUAAACAACAGAAGAAGAAAAUUGAACGCGAGGAAGAAAGGUUAAAAAAUAAUAAUAGAGACUUAUCACUAGUUAAAAUGAAAUCGAUGUUCGCUAUAGGAUUUGCUUUUACUGCAUUGUUGAGUAUGUUCAAUAGCAUUUUUGAUGGGCGUAUUGUAGCAAGACUUCCAUUUGUUCCAAUAAGCUGGAUCCAAGGUUUAUCCCAUAGAAAUCUAUUGGGAGACGAUUAUACGGAAUGUUCUUUUAUAUUUUUAUAUAUUCUAUGUACAAUGAGUAUUAGACAGAAUAUCCAAAAGUUACUUGGUUUUGCACCAUCGCGAACAGCCAGUAAACAAGGCGGUAGUAUAUUUGGUCCUCCCCCGCAACAAUUUAAAUAAAAGAAUGAAAGUGAUCAAAAUUAGUGCAAGAACAAUAAAUUUCAGAAUUAA